AUGGGUUUUAAGAACGCUCUAACUGGCGCGUUCCUCUUCGGGGGUCUGGCGCUAGGAGCAUCUACAUUCUCUCCAGCCAGACCACCUGCGAUACCCCUUGCCGUUAGGGCACCCUACUUGAACACCUGGUUACCUGCGGGAAGUAAUGGCGGUAACGGGGGUUAUCUUGCUGGUGAAUGGCCACUUUUCUGGACACGACAUGUCACGGCCUGGACAGGUAUGAUUCGGGUCGAUGGGACUACAUACCAGUGGAUGGGCGCCGUACCCAACUCUCAAAAUGUAGACCAGACCGAGUUUUCCUACACAUCGACGAGAAGCAAUUUCGUCAUGAACGUUGGCGGCAAGGUGGAGAUGAACAUUACUUUCCUCUCCCCUGUGACGCCCAAGGACCUGAAAAGGCAAUCUUUGACGUUCUCGUACCUCGACGUCGAUGUUCACUCUCUUGACGGUGAUAGCCAUGACGUACAGCUUUAUGCUGAUGUAUCUGGUGAAUGGGCAUCGGGUGACCUGAACGCUGUUAUUGAAUGGGACUACGGCACGUCUGAUGGAGUUGCGUAUCAUACAUUCUAUAGACAGACUCAGACGGAAAUCACGGAAUCGGGUGAGCUACCGAACUGGGGUACCUUCUAUUGGUCUACUGGUGACGUAGACGGACUUACCUACCAAAGUGCCUCCGAUGUUAUUGUGAGAGCUGCUUUUAAGAACGACGGCGUUCUACCAAACACCAAGGACACCAAUUUCAGGGCCAUAAGUAAUAACUGGCCUGUAUUUGGGUUCGCUAAGGAUCUCGGCUCGGUGGGAAGUGACUCUGUCAAUACCCUGUUUACUAUCGGUCUCACUCAGGACAAUGCUAUUCAGUUAUUGGGAGAAGGCUCUGGUCUCACAACCUACCCAGCAUUGUGGAAGAGCUACUUUGACUCUGACCUCGCUGCUGUAACCUUUUUCUAUGACGACUAUAGUACUGCUGCUGACUUAGCUACUGAACUUGACGACAAGGUGGCAGCGGAUUCUCUUGCUGCCGCCGGUCAAGAUUACUUGACUAUUACCAGUCUCAGCGUUCGACAGACUUUUGGCGCUUUGCAGUUCACUGGAACUGACUCGGACCCAGUGGUCUUCUUGAAGGAAAUCAGCUCUAAUAGUGAUAUUCAGACCGUAGAUGUCAUCUUCCCCGCAAUUCCCCUAAUCCUAUACACCAACCCCGAUCUCCUCAAGUAUCUCCUGGAGCCUUUAUUCCUGAACCAAGAGAAUGGACACUAUCCUAACACCAAUGCCAUCCAUGACCUUGGUACUUUCCCUCUGGCGAAAGGGUAUCCCGAUGGCACGGACGAACCACAACCGCUUGAAGAGUGCGGCAACAUGAUCAUUAUGGUUCUCGCCUAUGCGCAGCGAACCGAUGAUGUCGAUUAUCUCAAAGAACAUUACGAGAUUCUGCAACAAUGGGCUGGCUAUCUUAUCGAAGAGUCUCUGAUCCCAGCUGAUCAAAUCUCAACCGACGACUUUGCCGGCUCGUUGGCCAACCAGACCAACCUCGCGAUCAAAGGUAUAAUUGGACUGCGUGCCAUGGCUGACAUCUCGGACAUGACGGGCCACGCCGACGACGCGGCCAACUACCUCAACAUCUCGACCUCGUACAUCGACCAGUGGCAAGGCUUCGGCAUCAACAAGGCGGCGGAUCCUCCGCACACGACGCUCUCUUACGGCGACGCCGACUCCCACGGCCUGCUCUACAACCUGUACGCCAACUCGCUGCUAGGCUACGGCUCGGACUUCGUGCCGCAAUACGUCUACGACAUGCAGAGCGACUUCUACCCCACGCAAGCCCUCAAGUACUGCGUCCCGCUAGACACGCGCCACACCUACUCCAAGACCGACUGGCAGAUGUGGGCCGCGGCCAUCGCGGCGGAAGACACGCGGGACGAGUUCAUCUCGCACAUCGCCACCUGGAUCAACGAGACGCCUACCAGCAACGCUUUCGCCGACCUGUAUGAUUGCGUGUCGGGCGAUUAUCCCGGUAUCACGUUCAGGGCACGACCCGUCGUGGGCGGCCACUUUGCGCUGUUGGCGCUGCCUUGA